CAUUUACGAUAAAUACCCGACUCUUCUUCAUCAAGAGAAAUGAUACCCGCAAAAUUGAUAUUUCUUGAAAAGAAAUGAGCGAAGUUGAACUUUUCUUCAAUGUCAUUUGAACUUUUGAUAGAACAAUCAAUGAUCUUAUAUCGUUAUUUACCAUAAUCAUUUCACUUCGAUAUCAAGCUUUUUUCAGCUCCGAGACAUUUAAAUUGACCAUUUCUUGUUAGCAAUGAAGAUUCAUUUAGUUCUCAACAUUUGGGCCUUGUAUGUAAUUACAGGCUUCGCGACAGACUGUGCUUUCAGCCCUUCUGGUCUCUUGCAAAUGUCAAAGGGAGUGGACAUUACAAUGUUCAACAUGGAUGACUCACGUACUACUGGUUACAAGAAGUCCACCCUGUUAGACUUCACCUGUCCCGAGUUGGGUACUAAUCCAGACAACCAUGAUACUCAAGGUUUCAUUCCGGAUCAGCUGAAAUUCAAUAACAACUCUAACUACCCGAAUCCAAGUCUCAGGACAUCCACACGUAUAUUCCACUCGUUUUCCGACUUGAAACACCGAAUGGCCGAGAGAAGUGGCGUUUGGCCGACCGAAGGAAUGUUCUCGAAUAACCCAAAUUACCGUGCCAAGGGUAAAGAAAUGUCCGAAUACUCAACUGUGAUUGCCGAAGUCUUUUCUUUUUUCAAUUCUGUUGUUCUCAAUUUGGACACGACUCAGAACGUAACACUCGGAAGUUACGCGACUAAGCGCUUGUCAAUGUUACCCAAAUAUUUCCAACAUGAUCCAAAAGCAUAUCAAGACUUCAUAGAUACUUUUGGAACACAUUACAUAACAAUGGGUCGUUUCGGUCAGUUUAUUAAAAGCCAGCACUUGAUUUCGAAAGACUUCCAUCGGGGAAAGACCGAUCAUGAAAUUGUUGAGCUGAGUGUUCACGUUUUUCUCAACAAUUACUGGAAAACAGACAGACCAAGAAAGGUUUCUACAACAAAGAGUUUGUUCGACGUUCCGCAGAAGUUUCUACAAUCGACUAGAUUCAGAGAGUACUCCAAUGCACCGAUAAAGCAAAUACCCCCAGCAGAAAAUUUCACAGCUUCCGACACUGUUCCCUUCCUCCGGAAGUACCCCUGGCUAAUCGAAACAAUUCUGAGACCCAUUUACGAGUUGAUUGGGAAAGACGAGCCGGAGAAAAUGAGCUCAAUGUACACUGCAGUGGAAAAUCAUCUGAUGAAAGCGUACUUGUCCGAUUUGCAGUUUCAGAUUCGAAGUUCCCUCAAAUAUCUGCAGAAUUCAAUCGACCCCAAGAUCUGCAGAAUCUCAUCUUUGCGGCCAACAUACACCAAUCUAACGGAAAUUUUUCAAGAAGUUACACAAGAAGCAGGAAAAGCUCUGCCUAGUUAUGUGAAAUCAAUUGCCCUUGGUAAACUCGUGAAGUUCAAUUUGAUCAGGCAUAGUUGGUGGAAAGACGUUGAAUUAUGUUUUGAAUUCAAAAGUGACAUGCCUGGAAAGUUUUGCUCAGGGACAUCGCCCUCUUGCGUCAAAAUCAACCAAUUCACAGCACAGUUUAAAGAUUGGACUCGCAGCUCCGGCGGCUGCAGUUUAUCUUGGAACCUACGAGCUCCUGAUGAUGCGGAAGAUUGGUUCAAACAUGUUAAAAUUUGUUACAAAUACGAUUCACAUGGAUCGGAAAAUUGUGGAAAUGGUGCGGCAAAAAACAUGGAGUGGUGUUCCAGUUUUGACUUUAACUGGAAUCCAACUUCGACGAUAUCUUAUUACAACAGGAACAACAGUCCGAAAACGGGAUGCUUAAUAAGUUGGAAAUUAUCGGUUCCUGAACAUCUGGCACCGAGCUGGUUUUUGAACACCAAACUUUGCUUUUCAGUCCAAACAGGGCGAAAAUUUUUCAGUUAUAGCAAAAGUAAACCUGAUCUUGCCUGCGCAUAUGUAAACUUAUUCACGCCGUUUUACGACGACCGCACGUUUUUCAAGACCAGUGUAAAUUACAGGGAAACUUUUUUGAAUUGGGCCAUCAUUGACGAUGAUUUAUGAUAAAUUUCCAUUUUUUGACAAAUUAUAUCCUUUGUUUGAGGAAAAUA